AUGGCGGCGGCAUUGCUGCUGCUGCUGCUGCUGCUGGCGGCAGGGCCCGGGCCCGGGCGGGCGGACGCGGGGCAGGAGCGGCGGGACGCGCUGCGGGAGGAGCUGCUGCUGAGCCCGCUGCCCACCGGCGAUGUGGCCGCCACCUUCCAGUUCCGCACGCGCUGGGACGCGGACCUGCAGCGGGGCUCAGUAUCUCACUACAGGCUCUUCCCGAAGGCGCUGGGCCGGCUCGUGGCAGCGCUGGGCGUGCGGGAGCUCCACCUCGCGCUCACCCAGGGCUUCUGGCGCACCCGGUACUGGGGGCAGCCGCCCCUCCAGGCACCCGCGGGCGCUGAGCUCUGGGUCUGGUUCCAGCCCACGGUCACUGAUGUUGACAAAGCCUGGAAAGAACUGAGUAACAUCCUUUCAGGGAUAUUCUGUGCUUCUCUCAACUUCAUUGACUCAACCAACACAGUGAUUCCAACAGCAUCCUUCAAACCCCUGGGUUUAGCCAAUGGUACAGAUCACCAUCUCCUGCGUUAUGCUGUCCUGCCCCGGGAAGUCGUCUGCACAGAGAACCUCACCCCUUGGAAGAAGCUGCUGCCAUGUGGCUCAAAGGCUGGGCUCGCUGUGCUGCUGAAGGCCGAGCGCUUGUUCCACAGCAGCUACCACUCACAGGCAGUGCACAUCCGCCCCAUCUGCAGGGAUGCCUCCUGCCUGGCUAUGUCUUGGGAGCUCAGACAGACCCUCACUGUGGUCUUUGACUUCUUUUCCAGUGGCCAAGGAAAGAAAGACUGGUCCCUCUUUAAAAUGUUCUCUCGCACACUGACUGACACGUGUCCUCUGGCAUCGCAGAGCAAAGUCUACGUUGACAUUUCCCCUAAAACUAAGGAAAAGGAGUUAUUGGAAGUGUCCCCCCCUCCAACGUCAGUACACGAAGCUGUUGUCCAGGGAGACAAGAAAACUUAUGCUGUGUAUGACCUGCUGAGCCCCUCGCUCUUCAACACAUCUCGCAGCCUCAACGUGCAGCUCAAGUGGAAGAGGCCCCAAGACAGCUCGGAAAUGCCCAUUCCCACCCUCCAUGCUCAGCGUUACGUGGCGGGGUACGGGCUGCAGACCGGGGAGAUCUGCACCCUCAUCUACAACACCCACCCUUACCGAGCCUUCCCCGUGAUCCUGCUGGAGACUGUGCCCUGGUACCUGCGGCUCUACGUGCACACCCUCACUAUCAUCACCAAAGGGAAGGAAAACAAGCCCAGUUACAUCCACUACCAGCCAGCCCAGGACCGGAGACGGCCUCACCUCUUGGAAAUGCUGAUCCAGCUGCCAGCCAACUCUGUCACCAAGAUCACAAUCCAGUUUGAGAGGGCCUUAUUGAAGUGGACAGAGUAUCCACCUGACCCCAAUCACGGCUUUUAUGUUGGUUCAUCUGUGCUCAGUGCCCUGGUGCCCAGUGUCACUGCAAUGAAGGACAUGGAUGUGGAGCAGAGCCCUCUCUUCACCUCACUGUUUCCUUCCUCUGAUGGCUCCAGCUAUUUUGUGCGCCUGUACACAGAGCCUCUGCUGGUGAACCUGCCAACACCAGACUUCAGCAUGCCCUACAAUGUCAUCUGCCUCACCUGCACCGUGGUGGCUGUGUGCUAUGGCUCCUUCUACAACCUGCUGACCAGAACGUUCCAUGUGGAGGAGCCGAGCCGGGGCGGGCUGGCCAAGCGGCUGGCCAACGUCAUCCGAAAAUUCAGGGGGGUACCCCCACUGUGAGAGGGACCAGGGCAGACAGCACUGCCUGCAGGGCUCUGUGGGGAUAGCAGAGCACUGCUGCCUCUUGUCUUGCUGGAAGCAGCUUGUUCUGUUUUGCUGCCUAGAUCUCUCUUUGGGAUCCAAUAAGCUGAGAGAUCACUUCCAUUGCUAAGAUGGGAAAUGGCUCUAAGCCCAUUGACUAUGGAACUGCACUACUAUGGGACUGGGAAAUGUAAAAGACUUCUGUCUGGGAGAGGUGUAACAUACAUACUGGAAUGGUGCUGGAAGUAAACUUGAAUGUUUUUUA